UACAAUCGUAGAACGACAUAUACAUUGACAAACUAGUCUAACACAACAUUUAGUUCGUAUAGAACAAAUCUGUCGUCUUUACAGUGGUUUGACAAGAAUCAUUCGAUACCAAAACUAAUUUCGAAACUGACAACUUCAUCAUUGCAAUUAGCAAACAUAACGAAAAUCAAAGCAAGACACCAUUCGGAAGAAAAUGUCAAAAAUCGAAGAAGGAAAUGCUCAUAUACGACAAGCUGAGAAAAGCUUAAAAACAUCACUAUUAAAAUGGAGACCUGAUUUCGAAGUUGCGGCCGAUGAAUAUACAAGUGCAGCAACUUGCUUUAGAAUAGCAAAAUCUUAUCAACAAUGUAAAGAUUGCUUAAUGAAAGCUGCUGAUUGUUAUAAAGAAAACAGAUCAUGGUUUCAUGCUGCAAAGAGUAUUGAACAGGCUGUAUUAAUUUGUAAGGAGAUGGGAAAUCUUGCAGAAGUACCAAAACUAGCACAUAGUGCUUGUUCUCUGUAUCAAAUGCAUGGGUCACCUGAAUCAGGUGCAACUGUGCUUGAUAAAGCAGGCAAAAUGAUAGAAGCUAGUCAACCACAAGAUGCACUAGAAUUGUUUAAACGUGCAGCUAACAUUGUUAUGGGUGAAGAUAGUCCACGUCAGGCAGCAGAAUAUAUGAGCAAAGUAGCAAGAUUAUUAGUAAAAUUACAAAUGUAUGAUGAAGCAGCAGAUGCAAUUCGCAGAGAAAUUGGAAUGCAUCAACAGACAGAUCAUACACCUUCUAUUGGUAGAUUGACCGUAGCAUUAGUGUUAGUGCAGUUAGCUCGAGGUGAUCAAGUAGCAGCUGAGAAAGCUUUCAAAGAAUGGGGAAAUUAUUGUGAAGCUCCUGAGAUUAAUACAUUAGAGAUGUUAUUACAAGCAUAUGAUAAUGAAGAUGCAGAAGCUGCAAGAGCAGCAUUAAAUAAUCCUUUCAUUAAACACAUGGAUGUUGAGUAUGCUAAACUUGCUAGAGGUUUACCUUUGCCACAGCAAGAAUAUGCAAUACCACCUCCAGGAGUAAGAGCAAAUGCAGCAGAAUCAUAUACAUCUCCUAAUGCUACAAAAUUAAUGGAGGAAACUACAAGUCAAGUUCAAAACAUGAGUAUUAAAGAACCUGAAGAUACUACUGAAACAUCGCCCACAGAUACUGUUGAGAAAGAAGAGGCACAAGCAGCAUCUUCGAAAAAUGCAGAAAACGAAGAAGAAGACUAUGAAGGCGGACUAUGUUGAUUGCAUAUUAUUAUUAACUAUUUAUAUCUUGAAGUUUAAACUGACUUUAUUUUGUAAAAGGUACUAUUGUAUAUUGUGUUAACUCAGAUAUAUAUAUAUAUAUUUAAUGCCUAUAAAAACAGGCAUACACGUACAUAUAUACAUACAUAUAUGUAUAUACAUAAACCUUAAAUCUUAUUAAAUUAUUUACUGCACAGUUAUAUUUGGUAAAAAAAUUUCCAAGAAUAUUCUUAAACACAAUUCCAGAAAUGUAAUUCUGCUUGGAAUUUUAAUUAUUUAAAACAACAUACAAUAACAGCUGCAUACAAUAUUUUAAAUAUAGUUCCUUAUACAUACUAUAAAAAAUUCUAUAAGAACACUAAGUAUGUAAUAUAUAUAUGCAUUUAUGUUUAGUAGAAUGAUAUUAACGAAUAUAACCUUUAAAAAAUAUCCACUGAUAUUGAUAUCUGCUUUGUAAACAUUAUAUUUUUUAGCAUUCAGUGAAAUAUGGUAGCAAGUUUCAUGUCAGUAAAAGUAAAACAAAUAUAUUUUAAUAAUCUAAUUUUAUGCUUACAAAGUGUAAAAAUAUAUAUAAAUAAAUUAAAUUGUUAUUGAA